AUGAAUACGGCGCUCCCCACAAUGAUGUAUCCGUUUUCGUGCACGUUUCCUGACAAUUCGGUGCAUGUUUGCUUUGUCACUCCGGAAGAUUACUUCCAGCUCGUCAAGAUGACGGGGGAGCCGAACGCUUCGGAUUCAAAGGACGACACAGCGGACGAAUACGAGGAAAGCGAGUCUGGAUGCGGACGAUUUUCGAACUUUCGGAAGACGCGUCGGAUGUCGCUGAAGCGUCCGAAUCAUUCGAAAUACGCGAAGACGCUCCUGCUGAAGUGGCUGACAAGUCCGAGUCACUUUUUCAAUCCGUAUCCUUGUGCAACUACCAAGCAGGCGUUGGCGAAAGAAACGAAUCUACGGGAGGAACAAAUCGCGAAUUGGUUUGUGAACACAAGGAAGCGGUUUUUGACUCCGAUCAUGAGCGACUUGCACCAGAAGUUUGGGAGCAAGAAGAUCGAAGUCAUCCUCACGAAGCCGCAGUUGUGA